CCAGCAUGACCACUGUAAGAAUGAGGAAUGAGGCAGGACAACAGAGAACUCUUAAUUGUUCAGAGAACCCAGAGAACUUUGUCCCCUCCCCCGAAACCCUGCAGAAUGUUGAGUCUGAAAGUAUGAGCUGGUUAACAUGUCAGGGGCCCAUGACCUGUGGAGGAGGAAAGAUGAUGUGACAAGCACAGAACCGGCUGAGCCACUGUAGAUGCAGGGCUCAUCUCCAUGAAUGUCAAAGGAACUUAAGCAACACUGAAGCUCCUCCACUUGAAAGAAGCCCCUGUGCUGCACAUAUCCACCAAGGCCAGGAGAAAGAAAGGAGAGAGACACAGCCUGAGACCGCACAGUUUCUUGGGAAGCUCCCCAGUAAGGCACGGGCACAGGUCUGGGUGCCUGGGUCUGGGAAAAGCAGAGAGCACUGCCGCUGAUGGACAGAGAUCCUCCAUCAUCAGCAGUUUGUUGGAGCCAUGUCAGUGGCAGCAGCGGGGAGAGGGUUUGCCUCCAGUCUGUCUUCCCCACAGAUCAGGCGAAUAGCCUUAAAAGAAGCUAAGCUAACACCUCACAUCUGGGCGGCACUGCACUGGAACUUGGGACUGAGACUAGUGCCAUCUGUCAGAGUAGGGAUUUUGGUGCUACUGAUUUUUCUCCCGAGCACGUUCUGUGACAUUGGAUCUGUAUAUAAUUCUUCCUAUGAAACUGUCAUCCCUGAGAGACUGCCAGGCAAGGGGGGGAAAGACCCUGGAGGGAAGGUGUCCUACAUGCUAUUGAUGCAAGGCCAAAAGCAGCUGCUUCACCUCGAGGUAAAGGGACACUACCCUGAGAAUAACUUCCCAGUCUACAGUUACCACAAUGGCAUCCUGAGGCAAGAAAUGCCUCUCCUCUCCCAGGACUGCCACUAUGAAGGCUACAUGGAAGGGGUGCCAGGCUCCUUUGUUUCUGUCAACAUCUGUUCAGGCCUCAGGGGGGUCUUGAUUAAAGAGGAAACAUCCUAUGGCAUUGAGCCCAUGCUCUCUUCCAAAAACUUUGAACAUGUCCUCUACACCAUGGAGCAUCAGCCUGUGGUCUCCUGCAGUGUCACUCCCAAAGACAGCCCUGGGGACACCAGCCAUCCACCAAGGAGCAGGAAGCCCGAUGACCUACUGGUUCUGACUGACUGGUGGUCACACACCAAGUAUGUGGAGAUGUUUGUGGUGGUCAACCACCAGCGGUUCCAGAUGUGGGGCAGUAACAUCAACGAGACGGUCCAGGCAGUAAUGGACAUCAUUGCUCUGGCCAACAGCUUCACUAGGGGGAUAAACACAGAGGUGGUGCUGGUGGGCCUGGAAAUCUGGACAGAGGGGGACCCGAUAGAGGUCCCAGUGGACCUGCAGACCACACUCAGGAAUUUCAACUUCUGGAGACAGGAGAAACUCGUGGGCCGGGUCAGGCACGAUGUGGCACACUUGAUCGUCGGGCAUCGCCCAGGAGAGAACGAGGGCCAGGCGUUUCUCCGUGGUGCCUGUUCGGGUGAGUUUGCGGCGGCCGUGGAGGCCUUCCAUCAUGAAGAUGUCCUCCUGUUCGCGGCUCUCAUGGCCCACGAGCUCGGGCACAACCUGGGUAUCCAGCACGACCACCCGACCUGCACCUGUGGUCCCAAGCACUUCUGCCUCAUGGGUGAGAAGAUCGGUAAGGACAGUGGCUUCAGCAACUGCAGCUCUGACCACUUCCUCCGUUUCCUCCAUGACCACAGAGGGGCGUGCCUGCUUGAUGAGCCUGGGCGCCAGAGCCGCAUGCGCAGAGCUGCCAAUUGUGGGAAUGGUGUGGUGGAGGACUUGGAGGAGUGUGACUGCGGCAGUGACUGUGACAGUCACCCGUGCUGUUCGCCAACAUGUACGCUUAAGGAGGGUGCGCAGUGCAGUGAGGGACUCUGCUGCUACAACUGUACAUUCAAGAAGAAAGGGAGCUUAUGCCGUCCUGCUGAGGAUGUGUGUGACCUUCCCGAGUAUUGUGACGGCAGUACUCAGGAAUGCCCUGCAAACAGCUACAUGCAGGAUGGCACACAGUGUGAUAGGAUUUAUUACUGCUUGGGGGGUUGGUGUAAGAACCCUGAUAAACAAUGUUCAAGGAUCUAUGGGUAUCCUGCAAGAUCUGCCCCUGAGGAAUGUUACAUUUCAGUUAAUACUAAGGCGAACCGGUUUGGAAACUGUGGCCAUCCCACCUCCGCUAACUUCAGAUAUGAAACAUGUUCCGAUGAGGAUGUAUUUUGUGGGAAACUGGUGUGUACAGAUGUUAGAUACCUGCCCAAAGUCAAACCCCUACACUCACUCCUCCAGGUUCCUUAUGGAGAGGACUGGUGUUGGAGUAUGGAUGCCUAUAACAUCACAGAUGUCCCGGAUGACGGAGAUGUACAGAGCGGCACCUUCUGUGCCCCAAACAAAGUCUGCAUGGAGUAUAUCUGCACUGGUCGUGGGGUGCUCCAGUACAACUGUGAGCCACAGGAAAUGUGUCACGGGAAUGGAGUGUGCAACAAUUUCAAGCACUGUCACUGCGAUGCUGGCUUCGCCCCUCCUGACUGUAGCAGUCCAGGAAAUGGGGGGAGUGUGGACAGUGGUCCUGUUGGUAAGCCCGCUGAUCGACACUUGAGUCUCUCUUUUCUGGCUGAAGAGAGUCCAGAUGAUAAAAUGGAGGAUGAAGAGGUAAACCUGAAAGUGAUGGUGCUUGUGGUCCCUAUAUUUCUUGUCGUUUUACUGUGCUGUCUAAUGCUGAUCGCCUACCUCUGGUCUGAAGUACAAGAAGUAGUAUCUCCACCGAGUUCAUCAGAGUCUUCGUCUUCAUCAUCCUGGUCAGACUCUGACUCUCAGUGAAGUUUUAUUUAAGAUCCUCUCAUGGAUCAUUGCUAUCGAUGUCUUGUAUUUGCAGGGCAAUUUUGCCUAAGUGGAUUUUAGGGCAUGCUGUUCAGUGUAAUGUGUGGUCUAUAUACUUGUGUUGCUCAUCUCAGAAACAACUGGAAUUAUAUCCUGAAUGAUGUUAAGGGAUCUAAAUGUUCUAACUUGCCCUGUCAGCUCCUGUUCAUAAAAUAGAAGGCAUUUUAAAUAAAUAUAAAUAAUAAGGCC